AUGGGCGGCGCCGCGACGAAAGCCUACGCCGUCACGUCGGGCGUGAACGUCGUCAUCACCGGCGGCAACCGCGGCAUCGGCAAGGCCUGCGUCGAGCAGUGCUUCUCGAAGCUCGACGCCGCCUCGACCAUCGUACUGGGCGCGCGAUCGGUGAAGGCCGGCGAGGCGGCCAAGGCGGAGCUCGAGGAGCGGCUCGGCACGGCGGACAGGGCGAAGAUCGUCGUGCAAGCCGUCGACGUCUCGGACGCGGCGUCCGUCGACGCGCUCGGCGCGUACGUCGCGUCGGACCUCGGCGGGAAGCUGGACAGCCUCGUGCUCAACGGAGGCAUCAACAACAUGGCCGCGUCCGGGAUGGCGGCGCGCAAGGUCAUGGACACGAACUACGUCGGCAACAAGGCGCUGUGCCUCGCCAUGGUGCCGUUCCUCGAGAAGUCGGCGAGCGGCCGCAUCGUCGUGCUCGCGUCCAAGGUCGCGCAGCUCAGCAGCAGCAUGGUCAACGGCAUGGUCUCGGACGAGAUCAAGGGCCGCUUCCUCGCGGCGGACCUGACCGUCGCGCGGCUCGACGCGCUCGUCGAGGAUUUCCUGGCCGCCGACGCGGCGGGCGAGAGCGAAGCGCGGGGCUUCAACCCCAGCGCCUACGCCGUCUCGAAGUGCGCCGUCGCGCACCUCGCCCGCGUCGUCGCGCGCGACCACGCCGGCCUCCGCUGCGCGUCCGUGUUCCCCGGCAUCGUGCGCACGGACAUGAAGCCGCCGGCGGAGUGGGGCAUGAUGCCGCUCUACCUGAUCAAGUGCGUCGUCGCCGUGUCGCCGCUCGAGGGCGCGGACUCGCCCGCGUGGGUCGCGCUCCAGGAGCUGCCCCCCGGCGCCCCCCCCGCGUGGAACGGCGGCAUCGUCGAGGGGCGCGCGCACGUCGCCCGUCGCGGCGGAGGUUGGUCGUGGGGGUGGCGAGGGCGGACAUACUCCCUAGUCUUCCGCCUCGUCUUCGGCCUCGUCCUCGGCCUCGUCCUCUGCCUCGUCUUCGGCCUCGUCCUCGGCCUCGUCCUCGGCCUCCGCCUCGUCUUCGGCCUCGGCCUCGUCCUCCGCCUCGUCACCGUCCUCGGCCUCGUCCUCGACCUCGUCCUCGGCCUCGUCUUCGGCCUCGUCACGGUCCUCGGCCUCGUCCUCGGCCUCGUCCUCGGCCUCGUCCUCGGCCUCGUCCUCGGCCUCGUCCUCGGCCUCGUCCUCGGCCUCCGCCUCGUCUUCGGCCUCGGCCUCGUCCACCCAUCAGAGAUCGUGCGACCAUCAUCGACGACGUCCAACCACUUUUCGAAAGUAAACUACUAG